GAAAAUGAGACACGCGAGCUCCCAGUUCAGCAAGGUCACGGUGCGACAGCCCAGUCCCUGGCUCCUCCCCUGUCCCUGUCCCCUCCUCGGUCCCCAGGGCAUGACACGGGGCUGUCCCUAUCCCAGUCCCUGUCCCCAUUCCCGGUCCUGUAUUCCCGGUCCCUGUCCCCAUUCCCUGUUUCCAUUCUCGGUCCCUGUCCCCAUUCCAGUCCCCAUUCCAGUCCCCGUUCCCACUCCCGUUCCCGCUCCCGCUCCCAUUCCCGUUCCCUCUCACCGCACGCCGCCGCCAUCGCUCUGCCCACCGCUCCCGCCCUCACGUGACCAGGGAGAACCCCGCGCUGCUUCCGCACACCAAUCACAGCGCGCGAUCGCUCCUAGAUUUGCAUAACCACGCCCUCUGCUCCGACACCGCCCACCACCGGCUGUAGCCGGGUCUAGGCGCAGUUUGCUCCCAGUUCCCUCCCAGUGCUCCCAGUAAGAGCGGUACUGGCAGGGAGAGCGCUCCCAGUUGCUUCUAGGUGCUGUCAGGAUCGUUACCAGUGCUCCCAGUAUCACUUCCCAGUGCCGCGCGGGGCGCAACCGCUUUGCAAUCCCCCAGGGCGGAGCGCGGCUGCUUUUGCGCGUCGGCACCGGGCCGGGCCGGGCUGGGGGAGGAGGAGCGGAAGGAAGAAGAGUAGUGGAAGGAAGAGCAGCAGCAGAACCGAGCGGCUCACUCGCUCGCCCGCUCUAGGCCGCAGCUUCCCCGACUUCCCCGGCAUCACCCCUCCCCCCGGAAGCCGCAGGUGAGCUGGGAGGGGGAGCUCGCCCCAAAUCCAUCGUGGGGAGGUCUCCUGGAGGUUUCUUUGUGGGGCAGGAGAUGUUUGGAUCUUGCAGGACCCCGAAGCUCAGCCGGAAAUGCCCCGGGAGGGAUCUUGGCGGGUCCCACAUUGCUAUCGCUCGUUCUGGCGGAGAGGGGGCGAGAUCGGUUCUGGGGAUAUCCGGGAGAGCCGUGGGGGAAUACGGGAACCCCGGAGCGGGGAGAGCGCAGAGGGGCGAUCCCGGAGCCGGGGGACCCCCGGCAGCCUGGAGGGGUGUGGGAGGUUGGUGAUAAGCAGCCCCAGGCUCUCUGAGGCUGAAAGGGGCACUGGCUUGUCCAGCUGAACUUGGCCCGCAGGAACAUAAACCCAACGCGCUCAACCCUUCUUUUCCCCCAAAAAUGGAUUUCCCAUUCCUAAACCUUGGCCCGAUGGAGGAUGAGGCCGUGAGGAAGAAGAACAUGCCCCCGGAGCCCCAGGCAGACAAGGAGCUGAGGAUGGAGACCAGGGAGGACAAAUCCCUGCAGCAGAACCUUGUGGAAGAGGCUGUUUGGAGCAGCUCCAUUGCACAGGAAACCAGCGAGGAGGAAAAGCCCGGGAGAUCCCACAUGAGGAUGGGCUGCAAACACAGUUCUUGGGUAUCCGAGGAGGAGAACCAGGGCCAAAGAACCGGACAGAGCUGCAGCCAGAGCUCAGAGCUGGGGUUCCAUGAGCAUCUUCAUGAUGCGGAUAAGCCCCACAAGUGUUCAAAUUGUGGGAAGAGCUUCAGCAAGAGAUCCUCCCUGAUCUGGCACUGGAGAAUCCACAUGGGGGAACGGCCCUAUGAGUGUGGGGAGUGUGGAAAGAGCUUCAGUACGAGAUUCAAACUGAUCCGCCACCAGAUGAUCCACACUGGGGAGAGGCCCUAUGAAUGUGACAUACGCAGGAAGAGGUUUCAGACCAGCUCCAAUCUCGUCAUGCAUCAGCGGAUUCACACAGAAGAGAGGCCCUUCCGCUGCCCUGACUGUGGGAAGGGCUUCAAAUACAACUCCCGCCUUGUCUCCCACAGGCGCAUCCACACUGGGGAGAUGCCCUAUGAGUGUGGGCAGUGUGGGAAGUGCUUCAGGACAAGCUCUGAACUGAUUGUCCACCAAAGGAUCCACACAGGGGAACAGCCCUAUGAGUGUGAUAAAUGCAGCAAGAGGUUUCUGACCAGCUCCAGUCUCCUCCUGCACCAGCGCAUUCACAUAGAGGAGAGGCCCUUCUGCUGCCCCGACUACAGGAAGGGCUUCAGGCACAACUCCAACCUCGUCACCCACCGGCGCAUCCACACUGGGGAGAGGCCCUAUGAGUGUUCUGAGUGUGGGAAGAGCUUUUCACAGAGCUCUCACCUGACCAAACACCAAUGGAGGCCCCAUGAGUGCCCCAAGUGUGGGAAGAGCUUCUCACAGAGCUCUCAUUUCACCAGAUACAAGAUGCACCACUGAGGGAAGCCCUGCAAGUGCCCGGAGUGCAAGAAGAGCUUUGUGCCAAGCUUGGAGCUGGUGGUCCAUGAGCAGCUUCAUGAUGGGAAGAAGCCCCACAAGUGCUCAAAAGUUGGGAAGAGCUUCAGUCAGAAAUCCAACCUCAUCUGCCACUGGAGAAUCCACACGGGGGAGCGGCCCUAUGAACGUGGGGAAUGCGGAAAGAGCUUCAGGAUAAGUUCAGAAUUGACUGUCCACCAAAGGAGCCACACAGGGGAGAGGCCCUUUGAGUGUGAUAAGUGCUGGAAGAGAUUUCAGAGCAGUUCUGAUCUGCUCAAGCACUAUCGCAUUCACAUGGAUGAGAGGCCCUUCUGCUGCCCUGACUGUGGGAGGGGCGUCAAGCAAAACUGCACCCUCGUCAGGCACCGGCGCAUCCACACUGGGGAGACGCCCUACGGGUGUGGGGAGUGUGGGAGGAGAUUCUCACAGCACUCUAACUUGAUCAUACACCAACAGAGUUUCCACUAA